CCCUCCCUGCCUCUAACCCUCCCCUUCUCUCACCAAGAACCAAAGCUGAGACACAGCAACAGUGCGCCAAAGCAGGCAAUCGCUGAAGAGAGGGUGCUCUUCUUUGUCCAUCUAGUUUUUCUGAAGGUCCACUCUCUCAGGACAAAUGUGAGUACCUGAUGGCUUCAGAACCUUUGGGGUCAGAGAGGACUAGCUAUUUGGGUCAGACAGGGGCUGGGGGGGGGAGGGGUAUUAAGACCCUUGGGAAGGUGAGAGGGGUAUUUAGAACUCUAACACAGACCAUGCAGACAGAGACUUCAACAAGGCAUGAGCAUUGGUAAUAUUCCAAGUCAGGCUGUUGACAGAGGAAAAGGGAUUGUGUUAAUGGCAUGCAGUACUGUAUUUGGUUACAAAUCAUUGUAAUCUCUCUCAAUGACUUUAUGAGAUUAUGCAUUAGGGCAUUGGCUGUCUAAUAGCCUGUGUUAACUCAAUUCUCCACAAGUUUCAUUUGUAAACAUUUGUGCCAUAAAAGACAGACACCAACUCCAUAUUUGGAGAACAAAUCACACUGUACUCCUUCUUGAUAAUAAUAUGUCUGUACAAAUUAUUUUGCAUAAAUGUCUCAUAAAUGUGUAAUGGUCCGUGUCUGUUUGUCUGUCCGUCUGUGUGUGUGGAGGUCAUUUCGGACGUGGUGACAUGGCUGCUGAUGUUGACCAACUGCCAGUUUUCACUGGCUGUUGUGUGUGAGAGAGUGAGUGAGUGAGUGAGUGAGUGAGUGAGUGAGUGAGACAGAUAGAUAGAUAGACAGACAGACAGACAGACAGACAGACAGACAGACAGACAGACAGACAGACAGACAGACAGACAGACAGACAGACAGACAGACAGACAGACAGACAUACAGACAGACAGACAUACAUACAGACAGAGACAGACAGACAGACAGACAGACAGACAGACAGACAGACAGACAGACAGACAGACAGACAGACAGACAGAGUAUUACUCAUGCAAUACAAACAAAUGUCCUAAAUUAGCUGGUAUUCCCAGCCUUUCUGAAUCCUCCCCUGCUUUUAGUUACUCUAAGCCUGGAGAGGGGGGCUAAAGUGUAAUUAAUAUGCUAUCCACAUAUUGUCCAUAAUGUCUAUACAUCCCAUCAUAUAUAUUUAUACACAUAUACACUACCAUUCAAAAGUUUGGGGUCACAAAAUUUUUAUUCACAAUUUUUUUUGUCAAUUAAAAUAACAUAAAAUUGAUCAGAAAUACAGUGUAGACAUUGUAAAUGUUGUAAAUGGCUAUUGUAGCUGGAAAACAGAUUUUUAAUGGAAUAUCUACAUAAGCGUACAGAGGCCCAUUAUCAGCAACCAUCAGUCCUGUGUUCCAAUGGCACGUUGUGUUUGCUAAUCCAAGUUUAUCAUUUUAAAAUGGAUCAUUAGAAAACCCUUUUGCAAUUAUGUUAGCACAUCUGAAAACUGUUGUGCUGAUUAAAGAAGCAAUAAAACUGGCCUUCUUGAGACUAGUUGAGUAUCUGGAGCAUCAGCAAUUGUGGGUUCGAUUACAGUCUCAAAAUGGCAAGAAACAAAUAACUUUCUUCUGAAACUUGUCAGUCUAUUCUUGUUCUGAGAAAUUAAGGCUAUUCUAUGCGAGAAAUUGCCAAGAAACUGAAGAUCUCGUACAACGCUGUGUACGUUUUUAUGUGGUUGUUUAUCUACCUUAGUUGAAUGCACUGACAGUAAGUUGCUCUGGAUAAGAGCGUCUGCUAAAAGCCCCAAAUGUAAAUGUAAACACGAACACUUGAAAAGCACGCUGGGUAUUAUUCUAAACAAGACACAGGUCGUGCUCCCCUGCUCAGAUGUUGCUGACGCAUGCCAGAUCUUAAAACGUCUCAACCAAUAUAGAUGUCUAUGUUUCACAAGUUUGGACAGUACAGUAGAGUAACGUUUUCACUGAACCAAUUAUAGACGUCUAUGGACGUUAAAAUCAAGACCGGUCAGGACCAAAAAAACGAAGUCUGUGGAUGUUUAAAUCAAGGCCAAGGCAGAUGGACCACAUUUCAACGUCUUUUCAACAUCCAUGGACGUCAGCGUCAGACGAUGCUCACUGGGUCCAGAUGGACUGAUCAGUUAUGUGGCGACAUUUUGUUGGGGUAUAAAUAUUUUUCUCUCUCUCUUCCUCACCUGUCAGAUGCUUCACCUGACAACAGGACGAGUGGGGUGCUUGCUUUCCAGGCGCGCGGUGGUGGGACUGACCAACAGUGGCGCGAGGAUGUCAAGCCAUAGCCACCACGGUAUUAUUUGACGUUGCACUACAUGCAUAACUGUCAGUAGGGAAAAAACGGUUUAUUUUCUGUUCCAAUGUAUCCAAAAAAGGAAUCACAAUACACACAUCCUAGUUUGUUGCGUAAACCUAAUUUUAUUCAAGCAAGUUGCAUUUGAAAUGGAAUGGCCUACUGCACCAUUGCAUUUAUUAUCAGCAGAUGGCGCUGUUGGCUUUAUGAAGUGGUGAACGGCGCUACAAGCGCAAAGACCUGAGGUCUUAACCUCCCAGUGUAAUGUCUACUUCUCUGACGUCUAUAAACCUCUAAACCCCACCUUACCACUCCCUUUACCACAGCCUCCCCUUCACAUCUUUCCCACGUUACUGAUUGAUUGAUUAACGUUCUUUCCACCAUCAUCGAUGAUGUGUCCUAUCUCUCCUGUACCGUAGAGGUGUCAGACCAGGUGGACAUGUCCCAGCCAAUGUACUGGGAUCGUUUGGACACCCCUCUGCCAGACAGAGCAUGGAAGGAUGUCCUUGAUUCUACGGAUAAGAGCCUGAAACAGAAGGAGAAGGGGCCCUGGACUGCACUGUCCAAGGAGGAGAAAAUUGCAUGUAAGCCCCUCUCAAUUCAAUUCUAAGAGCUUUAUUGGCAUGGGAAACAUAUGGUAUGUUUACUUUGCCAAAGCAAGUGAAACUGUUCUGUCUCAUUCCUUCUCAUUUUACAGCCUUUCAUCUUUAAUAUUUCUCAUUCUCUGUCCCAGUGUACAGGUUGAAGUUCAACCACACCUACCCUGAGAUGAAGAGGCCCUCCCAUGAGUGGAAGACUGUCAUCGGUGGGAUGUUCAUCUUCUUUGGCAUCACUGGUCUGGUGGUGUUUUGGCAGGGCCACUAUGGUAAGAUUUCUCAUGGUUGAUUGCUAAACUUGAUAGACUUCCUCGAGCCUGUAUAACACAUGGAUGGGCGAUUGUUCCAUCCUCAAAGUUGCUGUUCUCUUUCUCCUUUGUGUCCUACAGUGUACCCACCCCAACCUCACACCUUUGGUGAGGAGUGGCAGGCUAAGCAGAUCCAGAGGAUGCUGGACAUGCGGGUCAACCCAAUCGAGGGCUUUUCUGCCAAGUGGGACUACAAGAACAAACAGUGGAAGUAAAUAAAGGAAGGAAUAGACGGGCUACUGAGCUGAAAUGAGGAGCGGUUGGUUGGACUUGACAACACCUUGAGCCUCCGUUUAACCAACAGCCUCUCCUUCCACCAUCGUGGCAAGCUAUCCAUCUGAAUCCAUCCUCUUACUGUUUAAGUAAUAAAUUACAAAAAAAACAGUUUGCUUCCUUCUCCCUCCAUCUAGCUGAGAAAAUAAGUCUAACAUUAUAGGCUGCUUGUCCUAAUUUCUGCUUUAGCGUUCCAGUGGUAUUGUGUCUGGAUUGGACCUGAAGGCAGUGAGUAUUGUGGGUUGUACAAUUGCCUUGGUGGUCCCUGUGGUCCAGAUACACUCAACACUAACAAUAAAACGCAACCUAGUAUACAUUUGUUUUAUCCCAUCACUGUGAAACUCUUUAAAAUCUAUUCAGCCCCUCGCCAUUUGUGACAGCUUGCGAGACUCACCCACAGCAGAGGGAGAGAGAGCAAUGACGUGGUGCACGUAUCUGCACAUACACUAUCUAUACAAAAUUAUGUGGACACUCCUU